AUGAGUGAUUCGCCAUCAUCAGUUUCCGGUGUUCCUUGUACUCCUACUACUCCAAGUACUCCAGAUAUCUCUAUUGGGUCUACUAGCGGCUCAUCGUCAUCUAGUUGGAUGGUCAUCUCAGUUGUAGGAGAAAAGUUUGUUCCUAAUGGCCAUUCUAUUUCGAAGAGCAUCACAGAAACAUUCAAGGAACAACAAGACGCUACGGGUUACUCAUGGAAGGAUGUUAGUGAAUCGACUCGUAAAUUCUAUUGGCAUGAAUUUGUGUGGAACCCUUCUGAUACUACCGUAAUCGAACACACCUGGGGUAAAGUGGCAUCCACCUUAUACUCUAAGAAAUUGCACCGUUGGCGAAAACGUCCCAGACCUACUUUUGUUCCAGAAGAUGUAUGGGAAAGCUGGAAGACAUAUUGGGCCUCUGACAAGUGGCUGGAAAAAUCUCAUAUCGCCAUUCAAAAUCGACACAGUGAGACUGGUGGUCCAGGAACUGGUCCAAGCAAGCAUACUGGUGGUUCUAAAUCAACAGUGGAGCAUACUAUAAAAUUGGCAAUAGACCUACGUCGUCCUGCAAAUUCAUGGGAUGUCUUUAAGAAGCUGUACAAAAGAAAGGAUGGCAGCUUUGUUGAUCCCAAGUCUAAGAGCAUUAAUGAUGAAAUGGAGGCUAGGGUGGCUACUGCUAUAAGCUCAUCAGAUGAUUCACAAGAAGUUCAAGAACUCGAUGUAAAUAGCAUAUACUUGGAUGUUGUGGGUGGAGAGAAAAAACGACGUGUGUAUGGAUUGGGCUCUCAAGCUUUGACUAUGUAUAAACAUUAUAAUUCUGCCACUUCGUGCAAUAUAGUGACUGAUCGUGCUGCUGAUCAAGAGCGCAUCAAAUUACUUGAGGAAGAGAUGUUGCGAAUGAAAGAAAAUCAAGAGAGGAUUCUUCAAGAGCGUGUAGAGGCGGAAGUGCAACAACGCGUAGAGAAGGAGGUCUCGGAUCGGUUUAAGUCUAUGGAGGAUCGAUGGUCUCACAUGAUGAGCGUGUUGGGUUUAUCUUCUCGCUCAUCUGGUAGUCCUACUCUCCCUAACAGGGACUCACCAAAUGCUGAAGUGUUUAACAUUUUAGACUUUGGUUAGUUGGAUAUUCUAAGUGUUGUUUCCAACGUUGUCAGACUUUUGUUAGUUGGAUGCUUUGUAAGUUUAAAAAUUUUGUAGACUUUUGCUUAUUAAAGUGGUGUA